UUUUGAGCUUCACUUCACUUGAUAUCCCCCCCCAGACCACCAUGGCGAAGUCUCAUUCGGAGUCCUCUGAGGACUUUGAAUUCAUCGAGACUCCAGCCGCGCCUACACCUCAACCUGCGGCGGAGACCUGCGGCGUCCGAACCACUGCUUAUCCCGCAAUCAAAAAUGCACCUCUUCCUGCCGAUGCAGCUGGCAGCGACUCCUUCAACAACUAUGUCCUCAUCGGCCUGCUCAUCGCUGUCCCUGCGUACCUGGCCAGACAGCUCCACGGCGGCUUCUACACCACCAUUUUCCUUGCUACUCUGACCUCGAUACCGAUUUUGAUGGCCUUUUGGACUGUGGCAUCGUCUAUCUCUCCUAGGAAGAAUGAGAAGGCACAAUACCCAGGCCGGCCAAUCGAGCACUAUCUGCACUUUCGUGCCGAGGAGGAUCGAGCAAGAUAUCAUGGCAAGAACAAGGUUCCCAUGGAGACGUUCCACGAAAUGUACUUUGACGAGAAGGUUGAUUUCAAAGGCGACUGUCUGGAAAUAAUGGAGUACAGGCACGACUGGGCCAGUUGGAGAUUCACCCUGAGCUUGUUCCGCUUUUUCUUCACCGGCAUGAUCCCCGAAGUCAUUAUGCAUACCAGAUCUCAAGAUGAGGAACAAGUACGAGAUCACUACGAUCGUGGAGAUGAUUUCUACAGUUGGUUCCUCGGACCCCGCAUGAUUUAUACCUCCGGAAUCAUCUCAGAUAUCAACCGCGAGGAAACUCUCGAACAGCUUCAGGACAACAAGCUUGCCAUUGUCUGCGAAAAGAUUGGUGUGCAGAAAGGCGACAAGAUGCUCGAUAUCGGCUGCGGCUGGGGAACGUUGGCCAAAUACGCCAGCGUCAACUACGGCGCCCAUGUUACUGGUAUCACUCUUGGACGAAAUCAGACAGCAUGGGGAAACAAUGGCCUUCGCAAAUCGGGUAUCUCGGAAGAUCAGAGCAAUAUUCUGUGCAUGGACUAUCGAGACAUUCCUGUCCCGGAGGGCGGCUACAAAUACAUCACUUGCCUGGAGAUGGCAGAACAUGUUGGUGUGCGACAUCUAGGCUCCUUCCUGGCACAAGUCAACAAUAUGCUCGAUGAUGAUGGUGUUUUCUUCUUGCAGUAUGCCGGUCUUCGAAAGUCAUGGCAAUAUGAAGACCUGAUCUGGGGUUUAUUCAUGAACAAAUAUAUCUUCCCGGGUGCAGAUGCCUCGACGCCUCUGGGCUUUGUGAUUGACAAACUGGAAGGCGCAGGCUUCGAGGUCAAAGGUAUCGACACCAUCGGCGUCCACUAUUCGGCCACGCUGUGGAGGUGGUAUCGCAACUGGGUUGCCAACCAGGACAAAGUCAAAGCCAAGUACGGUGUCCGUUGGUAUCGCAUCUGGGAGUACUUCCUUGCGUAUUCGACCAUCGUUUCUCGUCAAGGUAGCGCGACCUGCUUCCAGAUCACUCUCGUGAAAAAUUUGAACAGCACGCACCGUAUCGAAGGUAUUCCAACGCAAUUUGGACUCGCAGGCGCAUUGAAGGCGGGGCAGGCUCGAUCGGAGGGCUCCAAGACUGGUAUGAAUGGAAGUGUGGGUGUCAAAAGCGAACUGUAGGCUUGAAUGAGAUACGGGGUGACCGACUUAUGGUUGAUUUGCAUGCCUCCUCUGGAGGAGUCAGCACAGUACAGUCUUGGGGGUUGUCAAUAGACAUGUGAGGGAUAUUCCACUGUUGGGUCUGUUCUUUGAUAUGGCCGAGAUAGAAUUCGAGCACACAAGAGCAUCUUGAUCUGUGUUCUUUGGCGACUUGCUGCCGUUUCUGCCGUGAGAUAGAUCAUCA